AUGCAGAGAGGGAGAGAGGGAGAGAGCAGCAGCAGCGAGCAAAGCCCAAAACCUUCGUCUAGCUUUGGGCAGAAGGAAGUGAAGAAACGUUGCCGCUUUCAUUCCGCUUUUGAUCUGUUUGCCCCCCACUUCUGCCUCCGCUUCGUCCGGGGGUUCAACGCCUCUGGUGCUUCAAUCUCGCUCAGUUCUCCACAUCACCUCAUGCCCAGCGUCCGAACCUGAUCCCCUGCCUGGACUCUGCAUUGAGUUUGCUGUUUUGUCUCGUCUGCUCUCGUCUUACGGGAUCUGAUUCUGUCGCCUUUUCCCCAUCUUUUGAAUCUAUCAGCUGUGGGUGGCAGCUGAUAACGGCUGUUUUUGCCGUUUUCACACUGUCGUGGUUGCAGCCCAGGUUGUGUGUGUGAGGGAGCUGUUCCUGUAGAGGUUUUGUUGCUAGAGCUUCCGCCAUUUUCCGUCAUUUUGUUGGCGGGUCUGAAUCUGGUACUGCGUCGAGGUUUUUGGUGUUUGUGGAGUGGCGGUGGUGACUGUUUGAUUGGGUGGAGCUUUGUGUGCGAGAUCUGUUUCUCAUCAUCACCAAGGACUUUCCCCUGUUCUUUCGCAGCCAUUUGGUGGAAGGUGUUGGUGUUGUGGUCAUGGGUUGGCGAUGAUGUACACCAUCGCGAGUUGAUGGAUUUUUGAAGGUCAGAAAGAAUUUGCGAAGGAACCCGCACGGAGAAUUUCAUUGGGAGGGUUUGAAGCACGGUGGCAUUGUAGAUCCGCAGCAGAAGGUAGCGCAGUGAUGGUCUGUAGAAACAGUGAAUUUCGUAGGGAGUGCGAAUGUAGCAGCCACAAUUGUUGUGUUUGAAUUGGCGUGUUCACAGGAGCAAGAAAAGAAGCGUCGGUUGAUUUCUUCCGCAAGUGAAGCCCUGUUUGGAGAAAUUUUUGGAUCGAAGAGUUUUUCACUGCUUCAGGUUUGGGCAUUGUUGCUUUGCAAUGUGCACCUGAAUACAUUAAUCCAGAUGCGUGUCCGAGCACAAUAUCUUCAAACGAAAGCUCUUAGGGAAUACUUUCCUUAUGAUGCGGAUCUUAUUAGUAACUCACUCUGUUUUUGUUGCAAAGUCUGAUGAUGUAGAGCGAUUAUUUACUGCGAAGGUUUGAAAUGUUUCAAGAAAAAAUGCGUGGUUUCAGUACUACUCUGUCCAUGCUGAGGGCAUUCCGCAUUUUGCGUUUAACGGCUAGUAUGCACUGAUUACUGUGUCUGUGAGGCCGAGGUUGUUCCAUAGCGCUAGGGUACGGGAUGAACACAUCCAAAAACAACGCGAUGUUAAAGAUAUGAACUAUCAAACGAAGCCCUCGCUUCUUAGUUUGUGGAAUUUUGGUCUAGAAAAUGUUGUCUAACGGUUUCAAUUUUAUCAUGUUUGCAAAUCUGUCGUACUUGUCUUCAAACUGCAGCGUAUAUGUAGGAAGGGAACGGAGAUAUGUGAAAAUUGUGGAUGUGGUAGUGUUUCUCUCACUUGCGAAGACACGCUUGUUUGCACUUCAACUGAUCCCUUUUUAGAUAUUGCAGCGGGGGAGUUCAAGGUUUGGAACUUCCUCACUUAUGAUUCGAAGUUGUACAACCGUGAAAGACAUACACAUUUGGAGGAAAAAUGUGGUGGAUCGUGCUACAGGUCUCAAGAAGUUGCUGACGUGAUUGGUAGCAAGUUGAGUCAAGUAUUAGGAUCUCUCUUUGGAGCUGCCUCGUAAGCUCAUUCAAGAUGGGGAUAUGUUUCCCGAAAGCUGCGCAUUCAAAAUAUAAAGAUGAACCGUUGAAUCCCAAACCUUCAGCUGUUGUACCGACGUCAUCCUCUCCUAUUUAUUGCGAAUCAACCCCCGAGCCUUCCACUGCUCCUAGUAUUCCCACUGAUGAGCAGUCAUACUCAGAAGCUGAAAGUAAUCUUCCAAGGGUGCAGUUGAUAGGAGACAUGUUGUGUCCUUUUACACUGCGUGUGCAAAUUGCGCUGCAAUUUAAGGGCGUCGUCGUGGAUCCAACCUGGCUGACUCCUGCAGACUUAACCAACCCCAAGUUAGUAAAUGCUAGUCCCACUGGUAAGUAUCCUGUUUUACACUAUGAGCUCCACAAACUCAGUGGCUCAACAGAUGCCAUGCUGGAUUACAUUGAGGAAACCUUCGAAGUCCCUACUUUGAUACCUAAGCCUGUGGAGGCGGAAGUGAUGCAGUGGGUAGCAUUUAUUCGGGAUGAACUGACCCCUAUCGUGGGGCAGCUUUUGUACGAUGGGAGUCCUCUUGUGCAGCAAGAAUUAGAACCAAAGCUAGAGUCUUGCUUUAUGAAAUUAGAUAGCGCUAUAUGGGAGCAUGGAAAGCAGGGCCGAUUCUUUUUUGGUAACCAGUUCACCUUUGUAGAUGUCUAUCUUAUCCCAAUCCUUCUUCUAGUCGACGUAGCCAAAUUUUUCCGCGGUAUUGAAAUCUCGACCUUGCACUCUCAUCUGCUGGCUUACAGUCGAGCCAUGCAUUCGUUUCCCAACUAUUCUCCUGUCCGAAUGAAUACCGAACUACUAAAAGGAGCUGUGGCAAAGACUCUGGUGGAGAGGGCACCAUCACCCCUCAUUGUGAUGACUGUAUUACAGCACAAGAGCAUUUUGUCGCACUUGGAGAGACUUGUAGCCCUGGCUGAUGGUCUGCCUGUAGACAAGCUUGCGAAUGAGGAUUCUGGGAGACGCGGAGUGGCAGGGAAGCAGAUGCAGCUGCUUUGGAAGAUGUAUGGACGUUUAUUGGACCUCAUGCAAGAGCAUGCCCAGAUGGAGGAGAGGGUCAUUUUCCCUGCAAUAGAAUCCACUGAAGAAGGUAUGAGCGAAUGCGCGCUUGCAGAUCAUGCUCGGGACCUCCCCGUGAUGAAUGGUAUCCGUGAAGAUAUAAAGGGAGUGAUGGCUUUGGAGCAAGGUUGCUCUGAUCACUUGGAAGGCCUGCAAGCUGUGGUAAAGCGGCUGCACGCUCUCCAAGAAAACAGCGUGGAACACUAUCAUGAAGAAGAGAGGGAUCUCUUGCCCCAGCUAAAUGCAGCUGGACUGGGCAACAAGAAGCAGGAGGAGCUAGUCUCUCAAAGUAUUGCAGUGAUGGAAGAGACUCACGGGAGAUUACUGCCUUUCUUUCUGCAAGGGUUGGAGCCCCAUGAGAUCAGCCAAUACAUUGGGCUCCUCCAUAGCUCAUGUGAUGGAGGCAAGAGUCGAGUGUUCACAAGAAUAUCCUUCUGUUUGAAGAACGCUGACGAUGAGUUCAAGGAAGUGUGCAUGGCAGCACAAGGAAUAAUUAGCGAGCUUGCUACCCCCUCCAUCGACAAGGCUGCCGGUUCAUACUGCCUCCUCCAGGAAUGAGCCUCAUACCACUUGCCUUUGUACUAUGUAAAGUUGGGUUUUUCAAGAUUUUGAUGGAUAUCAACCGAUUGUACGAUCUGAAAAAUACGGGCUCCUCCUACCUCGGCACAGUUUUGAUUUUCAGCUGGGUGGUAGUCGAUGCUUUUAGACUGAUAUUCCUUUUUCCCUCCCCCUCCUCUCUUCCCCUUUCUUCCCAAAAUUGGGUGUUGUGUCUUUACUACUCCACUAUUUUUCUGUGGAGUAUUCUGUGAGGGAUUUUGAUUGAAAACCUCUUCGUCACCUCUAGUGUACUAAUAGAUCCAGGUAAAGGUAUUCUUGAACACUUCAUCAGUAAAUUAUUAGUUGGCUCUCAAAGCGUCAUCUAUAUCAGUAUAUAGUGUACUUGCCCAGUUGCUCGGCUCAUUGUUGGUAAAAGAAUCUUGUGAUGUCUGAUAAA